GUAUGACCAUAUCCCGGAUGUUCCUUCAUCUUUGCCGAAGAACAAAAAUGGUCGCGUGUAGAGGGGUUUAGAAUAUUGGUAAACAGACACAAACAUAGCCGCAUAAUGUUUUCAGAACGUUUAAAAUACGGAAAAGGCAACGAAAAACUGGAAACCAGCUGAGACUGUAGGACUUCCUAGAGGUUAAGUACACAAGUGCCGAGAGUACACUAACUACAUAGUUACUGUUUACGUAGCGAGCAUUAGCUAGGUUAGGUAGCUAGCUGUUUCGAAAUAAAAAGAUUAUGUGCUAAGAAGCUAGGACUUUGUUGUGCCAGAUACAGUUGCGCGUUUUACACUGUCGCGGUGCAUACGUUUGAUACGUUUGGAGCUGAUGUUUUUCCACUAGGCAGUGUUACCUUAAAUUUGUUCUAUUUGAGUUUAUUGCAGUUUUCAGGCAACGUUAGCCAGCCAGCCAGCUAGGUAGUUUGUUAUCGCGAUACUGGAACCCAGUCAGGGAAUAACGCCCAGGUCCUAGUUGGAUUGCUGGCUAGUGCUUUCUAGCUAAAAAAUAGUCAACGGCAGUUAGUGAAAGUUUAGCUGAAACCAGCUAUAUAAUAUAUCCACGGCGGAAAAAUCAAAACGAAGCAAGGCUGGUCUGAGGGCUGGAUGCAUGUACAUGGGCAGUGUGGAGCUGAACGUCAGGGAAAGGACUGACACAGGCAGUCCAUGAGUGCGACUGACUCUGAGGAGGGCCAGACGGGUUUCUUUGGUGCUGCGGCGUGUCCGUGCUCUCCCCCCUCACUCACACCUCUCGCGCUGGUGCAGAGUGAUGACCUCACAGCAACACUCUCUCCCCCACGCCAACACCAACCCUCCCCUGCUCAUCCCCCGGACCUCGUCAGCCAACCAGGGCAGGCUCCCCCCGCAGCCCGGCCCGGCAGACUCCUCCCACGGCAGCUCGGCUGGCUCCGCCCCCAGCCAGGGCAUUGCCAUGGGGGGCGUGGCCUCGUCCUCCUCCUCCCCUGGAGGCUCCGGCGGAGCGACUACUGCAAACAGGGGCGUGGCCACUGCCGCCGCCGCCUCGGUGUUGCCGCGGCGAUGCGCGGCGGGCCGCUCUGAGCCCUGGCCGGAGGAGGCCGCGGACGGCGCGUACGGCCUGUACUCGCUGCACCGCAUGUUCGAGGUGGUGGGGGCGCAGCUCACGCACCGCGACGUGCGCGUGCUCUCCUUCCUGUUCGUGGACGUGAUCGACGAGUACGAGCGGGGCGGGAUCCGGAGCGGGCGGGACUUCCUGCUGGCGCUGGAGCGGCAGGGGCGCUGCGACGAGACCAACUUCAGGCACGUCCUGCAGCUGCUGCGCAUCAUCACGCGGCACGACCUGCUGCCCUACGUCACGCUGCGCAGGAGGCUGACCGUGUGUCCUGACCCCGUGGAUAAGUACUUGGAGGAGACGUCGGUGCGUUAUGUGUCCCCCCGGGGGUUGGGGGAGAGCAGUGGGGUCCCGCCCCACAGGAGGGCAGGCGAGGGGUGGGGUCGCACAGGACCGCAGCCUGUGAUCCAUUGCUCCCCGUCAGGGCCUCAGGUGUGUCCCCCGCGCACCAAGCCGGCCCCCCCUCCCUCCAGCCGUAAGAGGAGGAGAGUGCACGCCACAGCGGACUGCCGGGAGAAGCAGACCUGCGAUAUCCGACUCCGAGUCCGGGCAGAGUACUGCCAGCACGAGUCUGCGCUGCAGGGCAACGUCUUCUCCAACAAGCAGGAGGCGCUGGAGAGGCAGUUUGAGCGCUUCAACCAGGCCAACACCAUCCUCAAGUCCCGGGACCUGGGCUCCAUCAUCUGCGACAUCAAGUUCUCCGAGCUGACCUACCUGGACGCCUUCUGGCGCGACUACAUCAACGGCUCCCUGCUGGAGGCGCUGAAGGGCGUCUUCAUCACCGACUCGCUCAAGCAGGCCGUGGGCCACGAGGCCAUCAAGCUGCUGGUCAACGUGGACGAGGAGGACUACCAGGCCGGGAGGCGCAAGCUGCUCCGCAACCUGGUGACAGCAGGGGGCGCUGCGGGUAGCCGAGAGGCCGCGUCGUAACCUGGAAGACAGCAGGGGGCGCUGGAGGUAGCAGAGAGGUUGCGUCGUCACCUGGAAGACAGCAGGGGGCGCUGGUGGUAGCAGAGAGGUUGCGUCGUCACCUGGAAGACAGCAGGGGGCGCUGGAGGUAGCAGAGAGGUUGCGUCGUAACCUGGAGACAGCAGGGGGCGCUGUUGGUAGCCGACAGACCGCGUCGUAACCUGGAGACAGCAGGGGGCGCCAGAGAGUACGGCUGUGGUGCUGCUUUGUCCUUGUAGCCGUGGAGAAGCCCAGGGUGGGCCGGGGUCCUCAGAGCCCAUCGGGGGCGAGGAUCAGAGAUAAAAAAAAAAAAAGUGGGGGGGGGGGGGGGUCAGCUUGUGGAAAGUAAUUGUGAAGUGAGGCUUCAUGAAUCCCAAAAUGGGUGGAGUCAUCAUGUGUUGCCAGUGGAUGGUUUGAACUAAUGGUCUUUUAUUUAUUUAUUUUUGCUACAGAGAGCAAAGUAUUUUGGUAGGUUCAUACGAGCUCAUGAUUGACAGCACAAUGGUUAGCUCCGGCAAUUAAGGGGUUUGAUGAAUCCCUCCUGUGCCGGCACGCGUCCUCUGAGGUGCGGAGGAUGUUAUUGGGAGGAGAGCGGGCUGUGUCUUUGGGGCGGUGACAGUAGCGGACCCCGGCAGUAGGUGCGUCACAAAAAGAACGACAAGGCUGUGAUGUCAUGAAGCUCUGGCCGGGGCUCUUGUGACCUCAGACUGCUCUUUUCAACUCCCGAAUCGGUAGGGCAAACCACAGAAAUCAUUUCCGGGUGGAAAGGUUGCUUCCUGUUCUUAUUGGUUGACAUUCAACACAAUGGUGAGAGGCUAAGCUGUUGUGAUUGUAAAUUACAUUUUUUAAUGUAAAUUUCCUUCAAAUGCUAUUUAGCAUUGUGGAGAUGUUUAACAGUAUAUUCUCUUCAGAUUUUUUGCUUUAGGGUCGUCUUCGUGGUCUGUGGAACAGUAAAGUGGUGCUUACUGUAAAUACAUUCAUUUUCAAAACACCCCCACGUACAGUAAAAUCUCACAAGCUUAUGUUAAAUGUUAAAAUGGAUCUGCUGUCAUUCUGUAUGAGACUGUGUGGUGUCUUCUGAUUCCUAUGAAGAUGAUGCCAUGCUAAGACUGCUGCUUGUCUUCUCGAGGCUCUGUUCUGGUGUGCGGACGGGCCCUGCAGUCUGGGAUCAAACCCCGGCCGUGUCGGUGCUGACUGUGGCCUGGGGUCCCGCAGGGUGACGCGUAGUUGGCGGUAGCAUGACCCAGGGUAAACUGGCAGCACUAAGUAACGGCAGGUUAUCGUUUCAGUACUUGGCAAACAAGCAAGUAUACUCAUCUUAGAAGUGAUAGCUAGUUUGCUAGCUCACAUGUUACUGAUUGACAAGCAUGGAUGCUGUCAUCUUAAAACUGAAUAUCAGUAGUCUGCCACCCUACUGUCAUUGCUGUUACUUAGCAUGUAGUUAACCUGAUUAUUGAUAACUUAUAAACAGCAGUUGAAAUUCUAGUUGACAAGUUGUUGUUUUCCAAGUGACUCACAGUAAGCCCCAGGGGGCAGCUGUCCUUGCAAGGAAUUGCAGUCAUACGAUCCAGUACAUGGUCAUAGUCCCUCUCCUGUGAAAAAGAAACUGCUGAUCCCUUCCUGUCUUGUGACGUCUGGGAGGUGGUGUCCUUCCUGCAGGAUUUGAAGGCCUUCCUCUCACUGUUGCUCGGGUAGCAGUUAUGACAUCACAGCGGCUAUCUGACUGCAGUGAUCUCUGGGAGGUGGUGUCCUUCCUGCAGGAUUUGAAGGCCUUCCUGUCACUGUUGCUCGGGUAGCAGUUAUGACAUCACAGCGGCUAUCUGACUGCAGUGACCUCUGGGAGGUGGUGUCCUUCCUGCAGGAUUUGAAGGCCUUCUUGUCACUGUUGCUCGGUUAGCAGUUAUGACAUCACAGUGGCUAUCUGACUGCAGUGUGUUGAUUAGUGCUCCGGAUUAUCUGGCUGGCUACAUGCGCAAACCUGUAAUACUUUAUGGCAGGAGCUUUUUUCAUUUCAAGGAUUUUACAGAAUAAUCUUGUCAGCCCUCUCUUACUCAGAGUGGAGGUAAAAGGGAUACAUUUGGUUUUGCAGUCCUGUGUAGGCCUGCCCUGGAAUAUUGUGCUGCUCAAAUAAUUUUUGACUGUUGAUUUGCCCAUACACAUCCAUCAUUUUUUUCCUAGUUUCUUAUUUCGCUUCCCAUUUCCAAGGACAUGAUUUGAGAAAGCACAGUCAUUUUGAUUUGAUGGUGAACUGGUGAAACCUUUGCGUUUUCUUGCUUUUCUAAAACUGACCAUUUUCGCUGCAAUUAGUGUUACAGAACAGAGGAGGCAUGUUGCAUGUUUGGUUUUUUUUUUAGACUGAAUGUUUCAGGACUACGUGAAAAAGAACCACUCUGUGUGGAACAAAGAACUGCCAAAUACUCCAAUGACAGCUUUAUUCCAAAAAUGUGGUGCUCUUCUCCUGGCACUAUGAUGGUGAAACGUGGGCUCGGGCACCAGGAGGGGAUAGGCAAGUGUGUGAGCAGAGCAGCGUAUGAGAAAUGCGUCUCCACCAGGGGGCGCUCUUCACCUGUUUUUGUGUGUGGAUGAGGAAGAGUGAAGCUGAGCUUUGCUGUUUUGGGUGGUGACAGGAAACAGUGAGCCUCAGCUGUGUUCCCAUUUUUCUGUCUCUCACACACACACUAUCUCAUGCAUAAACACUAAUGUUCACUCACACAUUUUCUUUCACAUACACACAAACUCAGUCUUGCACUCACGCUUUCACAAGCUCAUUCUCUCACACACACACAUAUACUCUCACACACACUCACUCACACGCGCGCGCACACACACAUACUCUCUCAUUCUCAAACUUGUACACAGUGUUUUUUUAAACUGCGGUGCUGUGGCCAUGUGCUCCUUUUGUCCUGCAGUCCUCUCCCAUUUGUAACUAAGUAAUCGCAGCCUGUUGGUCAAUUUCAGAAGGGGUGCGCAUUUGUCUUUGUUUUGCAGGUGUGUGUUUAUGUGUCUGUGUGUGGGAAAGAGGCUGAGGAUCCAUGCUGAAGUCCUCACGCUGUUCCACUGCUCUGUCCCGUUUCAGUUUCCUCUCUGAAAUCAGCAGUGCCACUGACCCGAGCGUGUGUUUCCGCCUGCUCAGCUGGUGUGUACAGCAUUGCAUUGUGGGAACACGAGUCGUUCAGGGUUGCGUGAGAAGGGUUACACUGGCUUGGCUGGGUGAUGCUUUGGUGUUCUGGUUAUGCAUCGGUUUACUUUGGAUUUCUGGUAUCAAUGGCAGUUGCCAGCACAGAGCCAAGGAGAAACUAGCGAGAGGUGCUUCCAAGUCUAAAAGAAAAGAGUCAAAAAGAAAGUACAAUCAUAAUGAUAGGGAAUCCUUUUCUACAGACCCGAGGCGCAGUAAGAAGAGGCUCAAUCACAGAUAAACUUGGCAAGUUCCUGUUUUCCUAAUGGAAUAUGAUGACAAAAAAGUUGCUAAAACUGGUAUCUAUUAUAUAGGCUUUUUAAAAAUUAUAAAUAAGAGUGUGAGUGUGUGCUGUAUAUGCUAAUUAACCCAGUCUGUGAAGUAUACAGUACUUAUGAGACUGUGAAAUGUGUGGUACGAACAGCUGUACUCCAGACUUCUACCUGUUGUCUCCAUAACUGUAGAUCUAAAGGAUGAUCCUCUUACAUAUUUUGUAAAUAUAUAUUUUUUUCCUCCGUAGACAAGGUCACGUGGAGGGAUGUGGGGAAAGGUGGUUAUGAGGCUGUAAACACACACAUUCCUCUUGAUACUAAAGAGGGGAGAGCACUUUAUUUCAACUCCAGUCCUGCCCACGACUCAAACUGCAUCAUAGCAUCACCUUCAAAGAUACUUGCCUUACCACUUAUACAUUUACAAUUUUUUUUUUAAAUAUAUAAUUUUUAAUGGUUUUGACUGAGAGAGAUUGUGUAUUUCAGUGUGAUUAUUUCUACGUGUAUAAUAGUAGGUGCAUUGAAUGUCGAUACAAAAAA